GGCCGGAGGCGGGGCGGCGGCGCGCGCGCGGCCUGCAGCUCCGCUCGGUCUCUGCCAUGGAGGUCCCUGCCUCCCGGCUGCUCGUGCUCCUCCUGCUCGGGGCCUGCGCCCCGGCGCCCGGCCGCACCUCUCCCGAUGCGCCGCCGCUGGUCAACGAGGACGUGAAGCGCACGGUGGACCUGAGCAGCCACCUGGCCAAGGUGACGGCCGAGGUGGUCCUGGCGCACCCGGGCGGCGGCUCCACGGCCCGCGCCACCUCCUUCCUGCUGGCCCUAGAGCCGGAGCUCGAGGCCCGGCUGGCGCACCUCGGCGCGCAGGUGAAGGGAGAAGAUGAGGAAGAGAACCAUCUGGAAGUACGAGAAACAAAAAUUAAGGGUAAAAGUGGUAGAUUCUUCAUGGUCAAGUUACCAGUUGCUCUUGAUCCUGGGAUGAAGAUUUCAGUUAUUUUGGAAACAGUCUAUACACAUGUGCUUCAGCCAUAUCCAACCCAGAUCACUCAAUCAGAGAAACAGUUUGUGGUGUUUGAGGGCAACCAUUAUUUCUACUCCCCCUAUCCCACAAAGACACAAACUAUGCGUGUGAAGCUUGCCUCUCGAAAUGUGGAGAGCUACACCAAGUUGGGAAACCCCACGCGAUCUGAGGACCUCCUGGAUUAUGGACCUUUCAGAGAUAUCCCUGCCUAUAGUCAGGAUACUUUUAAAGUACAUUAUGAGAACAACAGCCCUUUUCUUACUAUCACCAGCAUGACCCGAGUCAUCGAGGUCUCUCACUGGGGUAAUAUUGCUGUGGAAGAAAAUGUGGACUUGAAGCACACAGGGGCUGUGCUUAAGGGACCUUUUUCACGCUAUGAUUACCAGAGGCAACCCGAUAGUGGUAUAUCCUCCAUCCGUUCUUUUAAGACCAUUCUUCCCGCUGCUGCCCAGGAUGUUUAUUACCGGGAUGAGAUUGGCAAUGUUUCCACCAGCCACCUCCUUAUUUUAGAUGACUCUGUAGAGAUGGAAAUCCGGCCUCGUUUCCCUCUUUUUGGAGGGUGGAAGACCCAUUACAUCGUUGGCUACAACCUCCCAAGCUAUGAGUACCUCUAUAAUUUGGGUGACCAAUAUGCACUGAAAAUGAGGUUUGUGGACCAUGUAUUUGAUGAGCAAGUGAUAGAUUCUCUGACUGUGAAGAUCAUCUUGCCCGAAGGAGCCAGGAACAUCCAGGUUGACAGUCCCUAUGAAAUCAGCCGUGCCCCAGAUGAGCUGCACUACACCUACCUGGACACAUUUGGCCGCCCUGUGAUUGUUGCCUACAAAAAAAAUCUGGUAGAACAGCACAUUCAGGACAUUGUGGUGCACUACACAUUCAACAAGGUGCUCAUGCUGCAGGAGCCCCUGCUGGUAGUGGCUGCUUUCUACAUCUUGUUCUUCACAGUCAUCAUCUAUGUCAGAUUGGAUUUUUCUAUCACAAAGGAUCCGGCUGCGGAAGCCAAGAUGAAGGUGGCUUGCAUUACAGAGCAGGUCUUGACCCUGGUCAAUAAGAGACUAGGUCUCUACCGUCACUUUGACGAGACUGUCAAUAGGUUUAAGCAGUCCCGGGAUAUGUCCAUCCUCAACAGCGGCAAGAAGAACCUGGAGAUGGAACACAAAGCCUUGACCAGUGAGAUUGCACUGCUGCAGUCCAGGCUGAAGACGGAGGGCUCUGACCUGUGCGAUAAGGUGAGCGAAAUGCAGAAGCUGGAUGCACAGGUGAAGGAGCUGGUGCUGAAGUCGGCAGUGGAAGCUGAUCGGCUGGUGGUUGGCAAGCUCAAGAAAGACACUUAUAUCGAGAACGAAAAGCUCAUCUCAGGAAAGCGACAGGAGCUGGUCACCAAGAUUGACCACAUCAUGGAUGCUCUGUAGGUUCUGCCAGUUGUCUGCUGGGUGGGCCCAGGGUGCUGCACUUACAGAUGGCAGGUGUGUGUGUGUAUGUGUGGGUGGGGGGGUGAACUUUGAGGCCAGUGAAUGCUGGCAUCUAUUUUAUAAAAGGCCUUCAAGGAAGAGAAGCCAAGCCUUGCCUUAGACAAAAUAAGAAGCCUAAUUUUUUCCCCUAAACUGUUACUUUAAAAACAAACAACUAAACACACACACACACACCAAAAACUUAAAUUCCAUUAAAAAUAAAAUAUCUUUGUGUUUUUGAACAAAUAAAUUUUUAAUAUUUGAUUGGUUUUGUUUUAUUCUAAAGCCUACGAUAUUCUUUUAAGCCUGUAAGCUCCUUGUUUUAUGCCCUUAUAUUCCUGAUGUUUGAGUAUUUUGCAAGUGUAUGCAUGUUUUUUAAAAUGUGCGAACAGAAUAAAAUAAAACAGGGACUGUGAAACGUU